AAUGCAGCAGCAACAGUUGGCAGCGCAGUUGGCUCACCAUGGAAACGGUCCGAGGCCGCCCCCGUUGAGCCCGGCGCCGCACACCUCCGACAGCGAUAGCGACAUCUCGCUGGGGGCGCAUUCGCCACCGAUCAGUUCACCAGGUCCGCUCCGUUUCGGUGCGACCUCGCCGACGCCGAUCAGCACGUUCCGCUUCGGGCCGCAUUCGCCGGGUCCGAUGCCCGCCCAAUUCCGCUUCGGCGGCGGCAACCCCAUCUUUCGCAUGGACCGGCAAUCGCCGCCACCGCACUCUUUCCUCUCGCACAAACUGCGCCCCGACUCGCCGCAGGAGACGGCCGCCAACUAUUCGCGCGCCGACGACGACAGUCCCAUCAACGUGGACUCCACGGACCUGAAGAACUCGCCGCCUCCGCCACCGAUCAACCUGCGGAUAGCCGACCAGCUCCAUCGGCAUCCGGACAUCCGUAUGCCGGAACCGCUUCGACUGGGCAAUCCUCCGCCUCUGACAGCGCCGCUCCGCAUCCACGUGAACUCGUCGCCGCAGACGAACCUGCAGAACUCGCAGAGCCACCACGGAGGAAUCGUGCGGAUAGCCCCACCCAGUCCGCCGCAACCGCCACUCAUCCACCGCCCCUUCUCGCCGCCGCGACUCACGUGAUACCAAUCCCCUGCUACCAACAUAACCAACCUAUCGAUGCAAUAUUAAUAAUUAAAACAGAGAGAGAAAGAGAGAAGUAUUCAACCUAGUGGCUUCUUUGUUUCCUCUUCCUCCCCCAACCGCACAACAUCGACCGUAACAACAGUGACAAUUCAAUUUUGUGUAGAUACCUUUUUCAGUUCGGGGGAGCGAAACGUCGUUCGCGAUCUUUUGUUUUUAUUUUUUAUUUUGAGGGAGCGGAAAGUAAAAAGCGCGCGAUUUUUUAAAUAUUCUUUUUUGUACAUAGUUUUCAUGCGCAACGCAUACUAUAUAUA